AUGGUAAAAUGGCGACGCCUUCAGAUGGAGAGGGUAGACAUGGAGGCGGAUGUCUUCGCCGUGCUGGAUGAAUAUCGCUCGGCGCUGAUUGAGAUCCUGCACAGCCAGCCUGACAGACUGCAGGCCAUGUACCGCCUCGCAGGAGCGGAGACUUCGCGGCGGCUCGUCGGCGUGGCGGACCUGAGAGAGCGCGUCUCCCUGCUUGUGGAUCACUUCAGAAACUCGGGACGCGCAACGUGCCGCCGGUUUGUGGAAAUGGUGUCCAUGGAGUGCGAGGGCUUACCCAUGGCCUUGGAAUCCCUGCUGCUGUUUGUGGCGGGUGAUCCCAGGUGUCCCGCUGCUGAGGAGACCCCAGACUACAUAGGGGGCUACAGCAGGACCGUGAGGGACGUGCUGCAGCAGAAAUGCCAGCGUGUGACCUGUGGCCUGGCGGGGGCGGUGCGUCUGGACGAGGCUCGGGUCAGCCUGCGCCACAGGGCCCUGCCCAGGCGGGCGGGGUCACUGGAGGGGGAGGAGCCUGGCGUGGAGCGUGUGAUCACGGUGGAGUCUCUCCUCAGCUCCCUGCACAACGCCCGGCUCACGGUGCUGCUGGGUCCGGCCGGGUCUGGAAAGACUGUGCUGAUGCACUGCGCGGGCCAGCGCUGGGCCCAGGGCCAUCUGCCUGCCUUCCAGCUGCUGUACCUGCUGGAGUUCCGCCAGCUGAACCUGCUGACGCGGCCGCUGUCUCUCAGCCAGCUGCUCUUCCACUUCUUCCCUCCGUCCGCCCACAGCGAGGAGCAGCAGGAGGGCGAGGCCGUUCUGUCCUUCAUCCUCGCCAACCCGCAAAAGGUGUGUGUGAUCUUCGACGGCUACGAUGAGGUUUCCUCCAGAUUCGCCCCCGAGACGCCCAGCACGGCCUGGGAGCCCCGGCAGGCUCUGCCUGUGCUGGAGCUCUUCUCUGGGCUGUGCAGCGGCAGGAUACUCCCAGGCUGCUGUGUGCUGGUCACCUGCAGGCCGCGGGACACGGCCGACCUGCCCGACAGCGCCCUGGAGGGGGAGCUGCUGGGGUUCGACCGGCGGCAGGUGGAGGAGUACGCUGAGCGCUACUUCAGGGGCAAGGCUCACGGGCUGCAGGCAGCGGCCCACCUGCUGGCCAGCCGCCACAUCCUCACCAUGUGCUACGUUCCCGCGCUGUGCCACCUCUGCUGCGUCUGCCUCGACUACCUGUUCUCUCGCGGGCCCCGCCCUCCCUCCCUGCUGCCCACCACCGUCACUCAAGUGUACCUGCAGAUCCUCAACGCCUUCCUCAGCAGGGCUCCUGCAGGCGGGGCUGUGGGCGGGGCUGUGUCCCCGCUGCAGCAGCACAGGGCGGAGCUGAGGGGCCUGUGCCAGCUGGCCAUGCAGGGUCUAGAGAUUAGCAGCAUCGUGUUCCCCACUCAGCACGUCCCCGGCACCCUGCUGGACUUCGCCAUGCGGACGGGGCUCCUGUCGCAGUUUGAGAUGAGGCUGAGCGACGGUUCCCAGGGCAACGGGUGCGCCUUCAUGCACCUGGCCAUGCAGGAGUUCCUGGCCGCGCUUCACCUCAUGACCAGCGAGGGCGUGACUGAACCACAGCUCAGGAAGAAACUCAACCUGAAAACCCGCUGGACCUCCAGAACCGACCCCAAGACCGUGUUCACAGACACGCUGCACCUCUACCUGUGCGGGCUGGCCGCUCCCACCUGCACCCCUCACCUGGUGCACCUGGCAGGGGGCAGGGCUGAGGGCCAGGUACAGAGGCGUCAGGAUGUGGUUCUGAAGGUUCUGCAGGGUUUCUCCAGCAGUGCCCACCUGACCGGGCCCAAGCUGGUGGAGCUGAGCCGCUGCACCCACGAAACGCAGGACGUGCGGCUGGCCAAGGCGGUGGGGUCGCGACCCUGCUUUGAGCUGCGUAACAUCCGCCUGGCCCCCGUCGACAUGGACGCCCUGGCCUUCGUCAUCUCCGCCGCCGGGCGGGGCGUCGGCCUGGACAUCGCCGGCUGCUCCAUGGAGCUGGAGUGUCUGCAAGCCCUGCCUAGCUUCCAGCACAUAGACUACCUUAUUUUUCGCAGCCGAAAGUAUGACGACGCCUUUGCAGAGGUGCUGUCUGGCGUCCUUCCCAGUCUUCCAGCCCUGAAAAGACUUGAGUUUAUCUGUGGAAAUCUGACGGAGGUUGGAGCUGCUAAGCUGGCCAGAGCCGUGCAGAGCUGCCCACAGAUCACACAGCUCAGUCUGAGUGAUAACACCCUUCGGGAUGGAGGGGUCCGUGAGGUGGCGGAGGUGCUGCCUCAAAUGACCUCACUCUGCUCGCUGUCUUUGGGGAAAAACAGUUGCACAUUGGAUGGAGUCUUCACUCUCCUUGAGAAGAUGGCCACCUGCCUCCGCAUUCAGACAGUGCAUAUCGACGGACAGAGGGAGAUGAGCGAGAUGUCAGUGCUUUUCUCUCAGGGGUCGGAGUCUUUAAGCUGUGCUCAGGAAGAUUCCCCCAGCACACACAGGCCCGGACGCACUGUCAGCCUUCUGAACUGCAGUCUGACAGCUGCAAAGUUGGACAAGCUUUGUAAGAUCCUGGCAGGAUGUCCUGGCCUCUCUGUGGUUGAUCUGUCAGGAAGUGAGUGGAAGGACGAGGCCCUCCAGGUUCUCGCUGACUCUCUGCAGACUCUGGGCAUCUCCAGGGAGAUCUCGAUGAACAGAAUCACGGUGUCGCUGGACGAGCUGCUGGUUCUGACCCGUUCUCUCACCACCUGUCCGGAAGUGGUCGAGGUGGACAUCAGAUUGCAGGACCCUACAAAGGUGUGUCUGCUGUUUGCUGGGGAGACGCAGAGACAACCCCCUGGCAUGAAAGCGGCAAACCCAGUGGUGUGGAAGAAGCUUCGACUGAUGGCCUGCAGUCUACGCCCUCCUGACCUGGACAGGGUGUGUGAGACCCUGAGAGGCUGCCCAGCACUCACACUGCUGGACGUGUCUGGUAAUGCCCUGGGGGACAGCGGACUCAGGAAGCUGCUGGACCUCCUGCCUCAGCUGAGUGCGAUUCAGGAAAUUAACGCCAGUGAGAACGCGGUGACCAUGGAGGGCGUUGUGCACCUGGCAACUGCUCUCUGCACCUGCAGAAACAUGAGCGAGAUAGAGGUCAGUCAUGGAGGGAAGAAGAAGCUGAUUCUGAAGUUUCGCUGCAGUAAAAGGGUGCAGUCUGGGGAGUCCCUCGAGGUCACAACCUCACAGAAGAAUGGGCUACAGCUGUACAAGAAACUCAGCCUCACUCACAGCGAUAUCCAGCCUGCCAGAAUGGACCAGCUCUGUGGGAGAUUAGCACAGUGUCCAGGAAUGCUGGAGCUAAGCUUUUCCCAUGGUUCCCUGGGAGAGGCGUCCAUCCAGAAGCUUCUGAAGCGAAUCCCAGGAAUGGUCGCUCUGCAGCUGCUAGAUGUCAGCCAUGUUCAGAUGUCGACAGAUGGCGUGUUGCUAUUGGUCAGAUCACUGAUUGACUGCCAGCGCGUUAAGGCAGUGGAGCUCAGGCCGCAGGGAGAAGCCUUCAUCAAGUUCGUCCAGGUGAAAGCGGAAUAUGCCACCUGCAGAGUGACGCAGUAUCAUCUGACCCAGAGGAACGUGGAGAAACUGGCCAGGAUCCUACAGGAGUGCUCUCAUCUCUCCCACCUGGAUCUGUCUGGAAACCUGCUGAGAGACGAAGGUGUGAAACGCUUCGUGGAGUUUUUACCAAAGCUGCGCAUCUCCAGCUCUGUAAAUCUUAAUGAUAACAGCCUGACCCAGACGGGGGCGCUGUACCUGGUGAGCUCCAUCAGUGUGUGUGAGCGGGUGGUGUCUGUGGAGGUCAGCCUGGGGACGGUGGAGAAGUCCUUCAUCCGCUUCCUCGAGGACGAAGACAACGGCAAGACGCUCAGUCUCAGAGAGUGUCACUUUGGAGUGGAGCAUCUGCAGAAACUGGCUGAUAUUCUCCAGGACUGCCCUCUGCUGGUCAAACUGGAGAUUAGUAACAAUGGGCUGAGUGCUGAUGUGAUUGAGGACCUGCUGAAGGUGAUGAUGUCACUGUGUUUGAUGGUGUACUGUCCUAUCAGGAUUGAAGAGUCCUGGAUCAAAGAGGAAGCAGCAGUUCGCCUCGUGUGCAGCUGCCUGGAUGUCAACUCCAACAUAACGGAGAUCAGGGUGAAUCAGAUGACUGCAAACAUCACACUGGAGAAGACGGCUGCUCUGAGGUCAGUGAACCUGGCCUCUGUCAGGUAUGCCCCUCGGUCAGACUGUGCAGAUGAGUCCUGCCUAGUCAUAAUCUACAUCUCUGUCCCAUUGACACAGCCUCUUCCUCUUCCUGUUUCCCUCAGCCUGGUGGACUGUGCUCUUCAGGGUCAAAACCUGUCCUUCCUGCUGUCCGUCAGCCAAAACUGUCCCCUGCUGCAGGAACUGGAUUUGUCCAGAAACAGCAUUGGAAAGGAGGGGAUGGAGUUUAUUUCCGCUGCCCUCCCAGGGUUUCCCAAUCUCAGGACACUCAGGCUGGGGCUGAAGCAGGUGUCUGAGGAUGGAGUGGGGAUUCUCAUGGAGGGCGUGGCUCACUGCCGCAGCCUGGAGAGUCUGAGUGUGCCUCGUCAUGCGAUCACCGAGGAGGCGGCCGUGGCUCUGGGGGGAACACUACCCAAGCUUCAGCACCUCCGAGCCAUUGAUCUGUCCGGCUGCUCCAUCCUCUCGGGGGCUGGAUCACAUGACCUGCUCAGGGGGCUGGGCCAGUGCCAUGCUGUGGAGGAGCUCAGGCUGGAUUCCCUGCUGCUGAACGCAGAGGCCACCGCCUGCCUGGCCGGUGAGCUGAAGGGCAUGGCCUCUGUUCGGAGACUCCUUCUGAAUAAGGUCACCAUGGCAACGGGCAGCUCAGAGGAAGGGCGCAGGGCCAUCCUGUCUCUGCCGGGGUCUCUUGGGGGGUUCCACGGGAUGGAGGAGCUGGAGCUGGACGAGGUGCGCAUGGGGGAGGGAGGAGUCCUGCAGCUGGUAAAACACCUUCCGAGCUGGACCAGGCUGCGGAGGAUCAGCCUGUCAGAGAACUGCGUGAGCGAUGCAGCGGGACAGAGGCUUGCAGCGUCCCUGCACCACUGCACCGCCCUGGAGGAGCUCCGGCUCUCCAGGAACGCCCUUGGAGACGCCAGCGCAGCUCAGCUGGGUGUGGUCCUGCCUGUGCUGACCCGGCUGAAGGUUCUGGAUUUGUCAGAGAACAGAAUCGGGACAGAAGGAGCAGAGAAGCUCACAGAGUCUUUGGUCCAAAUGUCGUCAUUAAGGAAACUACACCUGAUCUCCAUUGGCACCGCGGAGCUGACCGGGCUGGCUGAGAGUCUGCAGCACUGCGUCUGCGCAGAGGAAGUGAGUCUGGCCUGGAAUGACUGUGGUGAUGAGGUAGCACUGAAGAUGGCACAGGUUCUGCCCCGAUGCACCAAGCUGAAGCGUCUGGAUUUGGAGUGUAAUAAAAUCAGCUCAGCGGGAGCAAGCGCACUUGCAGAAAGCCUGCGAUCCUGUCCGUCUAUCGAAGUGAUCAGGCUCUGGAAGAACAGCGUGAGCUAUGAUGAAGCCCAGCGGCUGCACAGCAGGGAGCCCAGGCUGAAUUUCUCAUCCACGUAGUCUGCUGCUGGCCCGCCCUGACGCGGUGACCCGGCACCC